AUGGCUACAGGUAACGCGACGCCGAUUCUGGCGAAGCUACAGCAGGUUCAAACGGACUUUGAACUUGCUGUAGACUCACAUCAGCAGUUGUUAUCGCAACUCUCAGAGAACCAGCAAGUACAAAAGGAAUUUUCGAACCUUGCGCCCGAUGCCCGCAUUUACAAGCGAACAGGCCCUGUGUUAUUGCCCCAGGACUCUGUAGAGGCAAAGAGCAAUGUUGAGAAGCGCAUUGAGUAUAUUCGAACUGAACUCCAGCGUGUGGAGAAGCGAUUGGAGGAGUUGGGCUCGAAGCGCGAUGCGAUUCAGAAUGAACUAGUAACAUCGCGCCAACAAUAA